AUGCACACAAACAAUCCAUUUCUCGAUGCAAUCUGCAAUGCCGAGAAUGUAUUUGGAAACCUUGGCAGCAGUUGGUGGGUGCUUGAUGCCGAAGGCAGCAUAGCUCCGUACAAAUCACAGCCAAUUAGUAAAAGUUCAUGCAUCGUCAAAGCAAGCAGCCAGGGAUUGCUGAUAUUCAAAGGUGGGCAUGAGUUUAUGCGUGAGGCAAUGUCAGGGUUUGUUGCACCAGCAAUAUCAUCCGUUCUCAGGGCAGAAAUGCCAUUUGCUGUGCACAAGGAAGUACAUGAAUUGCUGAGACAGCUAUCAAAUAUGUUUGCAAGGCAGUCUGUACCACAAUGCAAGUAUGAGGCAGGCACUGUAAGAAGGAUUCAAGAAAUAGAGCAGAUAUAUGAGAAGUACUCAUGCACUGCAGACAGUGGAAUUGAAAUGGAGCUUGUACUUUCAGAAGACGAGCUAGAUACAGUGUGUAAAGUAUGCAAGGCAUGGGCUGCAGAUGUAAGGGGGUUGUAUGAAUCUGUCAAUACAAGGAAGAAGCAAACAUUUGUUGAGGAAAAGAUGUUUUGGCGUGAUUUUUACAUGCAGAUGUGCUAUGUAUUUGAGGUGUUCCGAAGUAAGAUAUUUGUGUUCAUGUGUGAUGUGCUCAGAGAAAGCAAAAAGCUCGUGACUCUGACAACUCUGCACAGCCUAUCGUCAUCGAGCAGAUACUUGGAUGCUGGGCAGAAGCUCAACGAGUUUUACAGCAAGAUGGAUUUCGACGGGAUAUACUCAGAAAAGAGUCUGAUUGAGUUCAUGAAUGCAUUUGCCUGUGUGCUCAAAGAAAUGGCAGGUUCGAUUCGGAGCCAGCCACGGAUUGUCAGGAGAUCUGUUUUCACACACAUGAAUGGGUUGGUGGCACUGGUAGCGGAUAGAGUGUGUGAAUGUGAGUCAUUUGAGAUGAUUGAGUGCUGUGAAGAAAUGUUUUUUAAAUGCAUAGACAAUGUGAAGUUGCUAAAUGAACAAGGUGACGAUGAUGUUACAGAGAUGCAGUCGUUGGAAUGCAUGCAUGGCGACAGCAACUGGAUAUGUGCAUUCCAGCAAAUGCAUACGGAUUUUAUUGAAGCAAGAGAUGUGCUUACAUGCCUUUGGACAUUCAGAAGUGUUGGAAAGGUGUUUUUUGGAAUGCAUUUGCGCGAAGAUGAGCCUGAUGCAUUAAAUAUGCAGUAUUUGCGUGCUAACAGAAAUGCAGAGCUUAAGCGGAUGGAAACUGAGUUCCACAAGUUAAUGAAUGGAAUGGUGCAUUUGCUUGGAAUGCCUCAUAGCAGGAUUGAAUUUGUGGAUGUUUGGCGGGAGGUGCUUAAGAACAGAAAGUGUACACGAGUAGACUUUCGAGAAUAUGAAUGGCUUAUGUCGGAUGUUUUUAAUUUUGUUUGUGACGAAGACCUUUGCUUCGAUGCCCGUACAUUUUAUGCCUGUGUUCCUUGGACAAGUGGCAGGACUGAUGAUACACCAAUAAGCACAAUGAUGGAGGAUGCAGCGGGGUUUUCAAGGCUGUACAGAGUGAUGAUGGUUUUCAAGCCUUUGGUGCGUUGCAAUGUUUUUUCUGAAAGGACAUUUGAGAAGCGUCUGAAGGUGAUCAACCAUUUCCGGUUUCUGUUUGAGAUUAGCGCGAUGCCUGUGCAUGGAGAGUUUUCGAAAAGGAUUGUAUAUCUGUUUAGACUUUUUGGGAUGUAUGAAGAGGCAUGGGCAGUGUUCAAAGCAUUUUUUGGAGAUGAACAAGAAAGGAUUGCACAGCUAUCUGAGUAUGUAAAACGAAAGAAACUGCUGGAAAUGUCGAUUUUAGAUGAAAUAAGACGGUGGUUUAUGAAGCAUCCAGAGUCGUAUGGAAUUGAGCGUAGCAUUUUAGAUGUAGUAAGCAGCAUGGAAGGCACAUGGAGGUUUGAAGUGCAGCUUGGCAAGAAUGUUGUAGGACUGACUGAUGAAUACAUGGUGCUGAUGUCUAUGGACAGAAGCGGCGCUUUUGGAUUGUCUAUACCAGGAUCAGCGAUUGAGACGAUGCAAGUAUUAACAAGGAUCAGGCCGGUGUAUGAAAGACUGAGCAGUGGAUGUGAUGUGUUCCAUGCCAUACUGGCAGACAUAGCAGAUGACAUGGACAUUUUCUGCGGUGAGAUUGAUGCGGUGUUUGAGUCAUUGAGCAGAAUAAUGAAUAUUCAAUGGAAGCAUGUGGCCUGCGGAGAUCUAGAUGAGUUUGAAGCCAAUCUGCUGAUUCUUGAGCAAAAGGUAUACACAUACAAGUUUUUUGUGAAGAAGAUACGUAGAGGUGAGAUGAAACGGGUGUUUUUGAUGCAUCUUGAUUAUGGCGGUGUGUUUUCUAUCGAUCCUACAGCAUAUCUGCGAUUUUUUGAGUUCUAUGAGAGGGAUAUUGUUGUACGUAGCAUAGAGAGAAGCAUGGGGAGUGUGUUUAUUCAGUAUCUUGAGUAUGUGGUUGAGUGUCUGCAUAGAUCAGACCUGCGAUUUUUUGCAUCAAGGCACAAGUUUGUGAAGAUUGGGAAUAAUGGUAAUGCGGAGUGCUGCGGAGAUUCUGAAGAAGAUCUGCCUGUGUUUGAUGGAUAUGUAUUAAGUCCUAUUCUUGGUGAGUACUUCAAUAUUCUGGAAAGGAUAUUUCCGGAUGGAGAGCAGUAUUUUUUCAGCAAGGUUUUUGAGAAGGUUGACGCUGCAGAAGAAGCGUGUGUACUGAUAGAAAAGAUUAUUGGGAAGGUUGUUGAGAGAUAUGAGUGGUGUGCAGCUGUAUUGCAGAAGUGUGUGAUUGAGAAGCCACCCUCUGGCCUUGUAGCACGGUUUGAGAUGAUUGCAGAAAUGCAUAAAUGUGUCAGCAUGGUGAUGAAUAACACGGUUCCGUUUUUUGUUUUUGAGCCUGUUGAUGUGUCAAUGCACCUGGCGAUGUUUGAGACGGUAUGCAAUGAAGUAAGUAAGCAUGUGAACGGAAUGAAUCCAAUUGUGUGUAAGAAGCUUGAACAUGAUGGAUGGGGCAGAGAAGAAGAUUUGGACAGUAUUGAUGUGUUGCUGCAGUCUGUGUGCAAUGCAUUGGAUAUGAAAGAGUAUAUUUGUUCUGAAGAGUUCAAAUGCAUUGAGAUAUUGAACAAGAUUGUGUGUGAAUAUGGGCUGGAAAGGCCGAAGAUUGAUGGUGAGGAAGUUGAGAGGAGAAGAAUGAAAGCUGCUAUCGAGAGCGAAGAGAUAAUUGGGCGGUUUCUGAGCAAUGUUCCGCUUGAUGCAGUGCUGGAAAAGCGAUUGGCGUUGGAGAAGAAGGUGAGUUUGGCGUGUAGCGAGCUGAAAGUGCUAGUGAUGGAAGGAGACAUGGAUGUGUUUGAUCGGAUGUUUGAGUGUCUUGAGAAUAAUAAUUGUGCACUAAAGACUGAGAUUGCGGAUCUGAACAAGGUUAUUAGGAUUAUGAAUGCAGUAGUGAUUUCUAACGAUGCUGAUGAGUGGAUGAAGGAGAUCAAAAGCAGACGAGGAGAUUUUGAUAGGUACUCGCGUAUUAUUAAGAGAUAUGAAUGCCAAGUGAUUGAUGAUCUUGAUGUGCCUGAAUUUAAUGCAUUUUUAGAGUCAGUGAUGUCUAGGAUUGGAAAUGAGUUGGGUAGUGGAGAAGUAAAUGCAAACAUAAAUAUAACUAGGUGCUGUGGAUGGUAUGAAGUGUUUAUAGAGAAGAUAUGCAAAUGUAGAGAUGUUUUGCAGUAUUUUGAUGAUAUUCGAAGUGGCGGAAUGAAGAAGUAUGGCUAUAGCACAAUGCACUUAGGAGAGUUUAUUGCGCAGUUCAGCAAGAAUGAAGUUGAAGAGAAGAUACGUGAGUGCAGGAUGGAGAGUGAGGUUGGAAGAUAUGUGAAGAGCACAUUACAGCAGUUUGAAGAUAUUUACUUGGAGAUUUCAGCUGCGUAUGGAUUGCCGAGAAUAACACAGAUCGAUGAGGUAGAAGGCAAGCUUUAUGGGAUGCUGGCGGAAUAUGAGUCAGUGAUGAGGUUCAACACAAGAGGGGUUCUGUACGGCGAUGUUGAUGGGAUUAAGAAGGACUUAUAUGGAUGCAUUGAGACGGUUUGCAAUGUUAGGCAGGUGUAUGAAGGGCUUCUGGGGCUGGUGAAUGUGUUUGCAGUCAAAGAGCUGGAGAUUGAGGCAGAGCAAUACAAAAGAACCAAAGAAAGGUUUUUUUACAGACUACAGAGUGGAGGAUGCAAUAUGCAAGUGACGGUCAGAGGAAAGGAAGGAGAUAAUGCAGAUGAAGGGAUGCGAUGCAGAGUUGCAGUCAAAAGCCUAAUUUGCUUGCAAAGGGAACUUGAAGAUAUGAAAGAAGACAUUGAUGAGCUUAGGAAAGGAUUGGAAGAGUUUCUGGAUUUAUGCAGGCAGAAUACGCCAAGACUGUACUUUGUUUCUGACGAGAAUCUCAUUCGUGCAUUGAAUGACAAGUCUUAUUAUGGCGAGAUACUCAGACAGACGUUUAAUGUGGACAUGGUGAAUGAGAAGAUGGGAGUGAUAACGGGGUUUGUGAGUGGAGGAGAGGAAGUUGAGCUAGUUGAUGGAGUGAGUACUGAGAAUAGCAUAGAUGAGUUUGUGAUGAGGUUUGGAAGUGAAAUCCAAAAGAUGAUGAGGAAGCAUUUUGAUGAAUGCAUGUAUAAUGAUUGUAUGGAUAGCAUAGAGAUCAAGAGGCCUGCGAUUGUAUCUGAAUUAGUUGAUGAUCUCAGGUACUUUGAAGGAAAGGAAGGGAGAAGGUAUACGCCGAAGACCAUGCUACUCGAUAAGGAGAUGAGGAAUAAUGCAGGAGCAUUGAGAAUGUAUCCAAAACCGAUUUUGUUUGGAGGAGAUGUGUGCGUGGAGGCGCUUAGUAGAAGGAAGUAUGGGUUUGAGUAUUAUCCGCCAACAGACAUUGUGUUUACACCGCUGGUGUGCAGGAUUCUGUGUACGAUUGAAGUCACGUUGAGAAAAUUGUCAGGAUUGAUUUUGUAUGGGCGAAGCGGAACAGGAAAGACGGAGUCGGUGAAGUAUUAUUGUAGAACAAUAGGAGUACCUGUGAUUGUGUUCUGCUGUAAUGCAAAGUGCAGCUUCAAGACGUUGGAGAGAGUUAUUAGAGGAGCUUGCCUUGCAGGGAUGUAUGUGUGCUUUGAUGAGUUUAACCGAUUGAAUGCAGAGAUAAUGAGCGGAGUUACUGAGUUGAUUCUUGGAAGCAUGGACAAGACGAAGUUUUUUUUAACAAUGAAUACGGGAUACAAGGGACGGUACGAAUUACCAAGGAGUCUGAAGGUGAUAUUUGGAGAGACGAAGGUUGAUGUGCCGGAUAGGAAGGAGGUGAUUGAGUACUAUUGUGGACAUGAAUCUGCCAGGGUUUAUGAGCUGAUCUGCAGACUAGAAUGCAGUGCAAGUAAGAAAGCGCAUUAUGACUUUGGGCUGAGAGCGAUACGAACAGCUAUAAGAGGACUUGGGACAGGCAUUGCAGAAUGUAUGGCGCGUUUCUAUAUGUCCUCAUUUGAUAAUGCAGACAGGAAAGUGCUUUUGAGAGAGUUUAAGGAGGUGUUUGAUAGAGACAUUGAAAAAGGCCUGAGAUAUGAGGAUCUGCUGGUGCAUGGGCUGAGCAGCAUGAGAGCAGCGCUUGUCCUUGGAGCAAAUGGGGUUGGAAAGAGCCUAGUGAUCAAGAAGGCAAGCAAGAUGAGGAAUGCAAGAUGUUUCUACUAUAACCCAAAAAACAUGAUAUCUGUGUUCGGAGGAUAUGACGAUGCUACUGGAGAUUGGAACGAUGGGAUUUUUGUGCGAGACCUGAGGCGAUGUCUUUGUAGCAGUUCUGCAGACGAAUACUGGUUUGUGUUUGAUGGUCCAAUUGAGUCGUUCUGGAUGGAGGACUUUAAUUCUGUUCUUGACAUGAGCAAGUUAUUGUGCCUAAGCUCUGGGGAAAGAAUAAGGAUUCCCGAGAAUUUCAGGUUUGUAUUUGAAUGUGUGUGUAUUGAGGAUGUGACGCCAGCGACACUUACCAGAGUUUUUAUUGUAUAUGUUGAAAGGGGCGGGGAUUUGAUAGAGAAUGCGAUGGGCAUGGAAGAGCGAUAUGAAAUGAAUAGAAGAUGCAUAUGGUAUGAAGGGAGAGAUGUUGAGGAAUAUGAGUUUGUGAACCUGAUCGGAACGAAGGAGCUAAGUUUUUAUGCAAGAUGUGUUUUGGAGCUUGUGAGAGGCGAAAGGGUGAUUUUUAUCCGAGGAGAUGAAGGAGUUGGGAAGCAAGCAUUGGUUCAAGAGUUAUUUGGAGAAAGAGCUAUAUAUGUGUGUGCACAUGGACUUACAGUUGAGAAGUUGAUGGAUAAGGCUGAUGGAAAGAGGAUAAGGCGUGCUGAUGGAGAGGAAGUGCAUGAAUGGAGAGUUAUGGUGUAUAUUUAUGGGAUGGACGGGAAGAGUGUGAAUGCAGUUGAGAUAGCAAGGGAGUAUAGUGAGUAUGGAAGAAUAGGAGGGAUAAGGAUAAUUGGAUUGAUAAUGAUAUGUGGAUUUAGUGUUUGUGAUGGAGAUGUGCAGGAAUGUGUUGAUAGGGUUUUGAACAAUGUUUGUAUAUAG